AUGGCAUCCCUACUCGCGAAACUGACUGCUGAGGAAGGCGGAGAAUCUGUCCAGUUCUUGAACGACAUCGUCGCACAGUUAUGGCCUCAUAUAAAUGUUGCCGGCAGCAAGAUGUUGAAAGAUAUUGUCGAACCAAUGUUUGCGACCAUGCUUCCUGGUCCACUGUCGAGCCUCCAUUUCACCAAGAUUGACCUAGGUCAUGUUCCCAUCCAACUCUCGAAUGUCCUUGUAACCAAGACUGAGACCGAAAGUAUCAAACUGGACAUGAAUCUUGAUUGGGCUGGCAAAUGUGAUAUUCAGCUAGACGGCAACAUGAUUCCAACUCUGGGUGUCAAAGCUGUCGCUCUUCACGGCAGGCUUUCAAUUCUUCUAGGGCCAACAUCCGAUAUCAUUCCAUUGAUAGGAGCUGCUCAAGUCGCCUUUGUGAACCCGCCAGUCUUGAAACUUGACUUCACCGGUGCCGCGAACAUUGCCGACUCUGAUAUGAUCGAUGGAGCUGUUCGCAAGGUGAUCAUCGGCAUCAUCAACUCCAUGCUGACGCUGCCAAAUCGCUUCUUGAUUAAGCUUGACGCUGCGAAUGACUAUUUUAAGACUCAAUUGUUCCCAAUUGGUGUCAUUCGAAUCACCGUUGAGAAGGCGUCCGGUUUUGCCGAGGAUAAGAAGGGUGCUGCUCAGAAACUCUUCUCCAAACUGACGAGAGCUUCCCCUGACACUUACUGCAAUGUCAGUGUUGGUGCCGAGGAGGCUUGGCGAACAACGACCAAAGACAAUACCACCAACCCUGCCUGGAAUGAAACGCACGACUUCAUAGUCACAGAUCUGAACCAAUGCAUUACCUUUGAUCUACUAGAUCACGAUGUUAAUAGCGAUGACGAGAUCGGCCUCGCCGUCACCACUGUGAAGGAAAUCUUGUCAGCUGGUGGCAAGCAGGAGCUGAGCAUGGUGCACAAAGAGGAGCCAGUGAACGGCAAAAUUUCGGUGUCUUGCAAAUUCUUCCACUUUUCAGUCGAAAGUAGUAGCUUGUCUGCCUCAGAUCACAGCGGGAAUGGUUUGAUGUGUGGUGUGGCUACUGUUUCUGUCGCCGGUGUGUUUGAUAUCCCUGGAAAAAGACAAGAGCUCAACCCGAGUGUGGUCGUAUCAUGGGGAGAGAAGCACCGUUUCCAGACAGCUGCCAAGACCGAUGCACCAGGGACCGAUAUUUCCAAUCCAGCAUUCGAUCAGGCUUUCCGCAUCCCUAUCACAGCAAAUAUGCUAGGCAGCGGUGCGCAGAACUUCCGAAUUGCUCUCAUGAACAAGACAGAAGAGAUUGGCGCCGUUGAUGUGCCACUUUCGGACGUGCAGCAAGCACCAGACAUGGUUCUGCAGAACAAGUUCGAUGUUGGUGGAGGGGCAACUGUCAGAGCAAGCAUUUGUCUUCGGGGUAUCGCUCCGGCGAGUAUGGAGGAGACCGUCCUUCCUCAACGUCAGAAGUAG